ACAAGGAAAGGUGCACCCUCCUUCCAUCAUCACUACACUGUCAAGAUGGAUAUUCUACAGCGCCUGGCACAUUUCUUGGAUAGGCCACUCUUCCCAUGGAAGAAGCUUAUAGUGGGCUUCUCCCUCGCUCAGUACCUUUUCGAAAGCUUCCUCUCCCUCCGUCAAUACCAGGUCUUGAAGAACACUAGACCACCCAAGGUUCUCGCCAACGAGGUCUCUCAGGAGGUCUUUGAUAAAUCCCAGGCAUACGGACGCGCAAAGGCGCAGUUCAGCUUCGUCUCUUCUCUCUACGGCCAAGUCCAAAAUACUGCUUUCAUCUACUACGAUAUUCUCCCGAAACUCUGGACCCUGACUGGAUCAUGGCUCAUUCAAUUUGCACCCACCCGCUUCUCCGGCGAGAUCUCCCACUCGAUCGUCUUCGUCCUGACAUUUAUCAUCAUCCAACAAGUUCUUUCGCUACCUACUUCGAUCUACAGCACAUUUGUCCUGGAGGAGAAAUUUGGCUUCAACAAGCAGACACCUAAGGUCUUCGUUACCGAUAUCUUGAAAUCUCAGAUGCUGGCGUUCAUCCUCGCCCCUCCUAUUCUCGCUGGUUUCCUCAAGAUCGUUCAGAAGACGGGCAACCAGUUCUUCUACUACCUCUGGCUAUUCGGAGCCGCCCUCCAGGUUUUCAUGAUCACCGUCUACCCCAUCACCAUCCUGCCACUCUUUAACAAGCUCUCGCCUUUGGAUCCCGGAGCCCUCAAGACCGGUGUCGAAGGCUUGGCAGCGCGCCUCAACUUCCCUCUCAAGGAGCUCUACGUUAUCGAUGGAAGCAAGAGAAGCGGCCACAGCAACGCCUACUUCUUCGGCCUGCCGUGGAAGAAGCACAUCGUCAUCUACGACACCCUCAUCGGGAAGAGUGAAACCGAGGAGGUCGUUGCCGUUCUCGCACACGAGCUCGGCCACUGGAGCCUUGGUCACACGACACGUCUAUUCGCGAUCUCACAGGUCCACUUCUUCUACAUCUUCUCUCUCUUCUCCGUCUUCAUCAAUAACAAGUCCCUCUACCGCUCCUUCGGCUUCCGCACCGAAAUGCCCAUCAUCAUCGGCUUCAUCCUCUUCUCCGACGCGCUCGCGCCCAUGGACACCGUGAUCAAGCUGCUGAUGAACAUCCUCUCGCGGCGCUACGAGUUCCAAGCCGACGAAUUCGCGCAGAAGCUCGGCUACCGCACCGAGCUCGCAAAGUCCCUCAUCAAGCUCCAGAUCCAGAACCUGAGCACCAUGGACGCAGACUGGAUGUACGCCACGUACCACUUCAGCCACCCGAUACUGAGCGAGAGGCUGGGCGCGCUGGGGUGGCAUGGCGAUAAGAGCGGUGAGAGCGUGGUGGAUGAGAAGAAUGAUGGCGCGGUGAAGGCGAGCGGACGCGACGAGUUGUAAGGGUUGUAAAAGCUGUGCAAGCAAACAGGCGCGCACUGGGCAGAUAGAGAAGGAGGAGGGGCGCAAGGAAGGAGAAGCGCCGCCUUCUUUGAAGCGAGAAUAAAAAAAUGUUGUCCUUCACGCCGCUCUCAUUCUCCCCUGGUGACCACCCCAACACCCCCCAAAUGUAGUAUCCAACCCAUGAAGCCGUGACCACACUCACGCACUAGCGCCCUUCCUCGCCUUCUCGGCCUUCUCCCUCUUCAGCGCCUUCUCCUUCUCCUUCUUAUCCCUCUUCCUCGCCUCCUUAUCCUGUUUCUGCCCCGCCGCAUCCGUCACCUUCACCUCCAGUGCCUCCCCUGCGCCCUCCUCAAUCGCUACCACCGUUUCCCCUCCAAGCUCCCCAAGACCAACACUUUGCUCCCGCUGAUACUCAUCCAGAUCCUGCCACCCAUCCGUUCCCAUCUCCUCAUCCGCGUUCUUCCCCUCCUUUGUGUCGUCGACAACGGCAUUGGCGUCCCCUUCGGCCAGAUCAAGUGUAGGCGCCAACCACUCCCCUCUCAGCCCGGCUUCGACGCGGCGGAGGUGCUGGAUUGUAAGGUUGGAGGCUGCGUCGGAGGGGGCGAUGGGGCCGGUGGGUUGGAGGGUCGCGUUGGGGAGGAGGGAGGGGGAUGUGCUGGCGGCGGUGAGGUAGGUGGUUAGGUGGGUGAGGGCAAGGGAGGGAGAGAUGGGGUG